UCAAGAUCUAAUUUUUUUUUUGCCCCCCUUAAAGAAAACUCUUUAACUUUUUUUCCUAUUUAUUACUUUUUCACCAUCAUCACUAAGAAAACUUUCAUUUCCACCCAUCCCAAAACAAAAAAACUCCUUGCCCAUCACAUAUCAUUGAAAACCCAAAACAAAAACUCAUCUUUUUCGCAUCAAGAUCCAAUUUUUAUUUCAAAACAACUCAAACCCACAAAAACCCUUCAACACACAAUGGUCUCGCAAGACUCACCACCAAACCCAUCCACCAACAUCAUGCACCAAUUCAUCAUCCCAAACUCCAUACCCGACCAAACCCACUUCCCACACGACCCGUUUGACCCGUACCCGGACGCGCCCCACCCGAUUCCCAACCCUGCCCUUUUCCCCCACGCGCCGCCGGACAUGAUCCACGAGAGGCGCCUGAUGGACCUUCUCGGCACACCAAAUCCGGCCCAAAGGCUCUCCCUCUCUUUGGGCUCAGGCCCAUGCAGCCAGAUCAGGCCAUUCGACCAGGCCCAUUUGAAUCCCGGGUACAUUAAUCCUGGGCCGGACCGCAUAACGAUGGCGGCCGCCGAUUAUUCUUUCCCGGGAAACAACAAUGCCUUUUCCACAUUAAUUUCUUUCAGCAAUUAUCAUCAUCAGCCGUGCUCCACAUCAUCCAACGGCCAGGAAUCGUUCGCCGGAUGCUCGAGGUAUUUGAAGUCAGCCCAGUCGCUUCUUAUGGAGAUGGUGAGUGUUGCGGGGAAAGAUAUCGAGGAUAGCAAUCGGAGGUACGUGGAGAAGCUGUCCCGGGCCGGACGGAAAGGGUUUUACGGGCUCCGGCCCGACUUCAAACCCGAGUUUUCGGACAGCGAGCUGUGUAUUUGCUUAGUCAAGCUGAUUGCUCUGCUGGAGGAGGUAGAGAGAAGAUACGAGGAGUAUUAUCAUCACAUGGAGGAUCUGGUGACGUCAUUCGAGAUGGUAGCGGGUUUAGGGUCGGGCAGCUCGUACACCGCGCUAGCCCUACAGGCCAUGUCCAAGCAUUUUUGGACCCUUAAGAGCGCUAUCAUGGCCCAAAUUCGGGCCGUUAGACUGAAGAUCGAGAAGGAUGGGCCCAAAAUCAGCUCAACGUUGUCUGGGCUGAGCCUGUUGGACCAAGAGGGCCGCCAGAAUCGGGUCUCGCUGCAGCAGAUUGGGCUUCUGCAUAACUCGCGCCAGGCCUGGAAGCCCAUAAGGGGACUCCCCGACACCUCGGUCACCAUUCUUCGGGCUUGGCUUUUCGAGCAUUUUCUGCAUCCUUAUCCUAACGACUCUGAAAAGCUCAUGCUAUCAACACAGACUGGCUUAUCAAAGAAUCAGGUUUCGAAUUGGUUUAUAAAUGCUCGAGUUCGACUGUGGAAGCCGAUGAUUGAGGAGAUGUACAAAGAGGAAUUUGCAGAUUCGUCGACUGAGUCGGACCAACUGCCGACGAGCACGGAGGCAGUCGGGGAUUCUGCCGAGGACUUAAUUUGAAAAUAUUUAUUUGGUGCUUAUGAACCAUAAAAGAUAAUUUUUGUUAGCAUAAAUUAUAUGUUCUUGUUUUGCAACUGUUGCUGCUCAAAUCAAAAUGAUUUGGGCCAUAAUGUUAUGCUAGAGUGUAGGCACCAAAUGAAAUCUGCCUAAUUUUCAUUUUACAAAUGAUAUCUUAUAUCAUUUGGAUUGGAC